AUGGAGGUUGUAGUGCUCCUCACUAUCGUCUUCUGCCUAUCCAUAGUUCUCCGGCGAAGUAUUAGACGGCAUCGUGCUCAGACGACAUUUCACCAGAUCGUCGACACCGCUGCCGCUCACCGCGCGCUCAACGAGAAAGCUAACGCCUUCUCGAACCGUCCCGCCGCGAUCUUCCCGGUGGUUCUGGCCACCGGGCUCCGCGGCCAACGGAACGAGAACAUAACCACGGUGAACUACGGCUCGCACUGGCGCGCGCUCCGGUGCAACCUCACAGCCAAGAUAUUACAUCCCUCACGCCUAAUUUUCCUCGCCCCAAUUCAACGUGAGGCCACCCAGGCCCUCGUCGCCGACCUGUCUGCACAGGUCUGGGUGGCCGGCAAGGUGGUUGCCAUCCGCGAACCCAUCAAUGCCGCAGUGUUCGGGCUGGUCGCGCGCCUGUGCUUCGGCGACGGUGUCGACGGGCGCCAAAUUCGCGCAAUGGAGCUCGUGAUACAGGAUUUCAUCGUCUCCAUGGGGGAGCUCAACCCCGUGUUCGACGGCUCGACGAUGUGCAAGAUCAUGAACUGGAGGCGGCUUGGCCGGCUUUUUGCCUUCCUCGGCCGGCAGACCAAGCUGUUCUUGCCGCUUAUCAACGCCCGGCGGCAGCCUGAUUCUCGAGUCUGCAGCGCCGGCGGCAUCGUCGAUCCGUACGUCGACUCGCUACUUGAUCUACGCGUCCCAGACAGUGGCGCCGGCCGGCGGGCGCUCCGAGACGAAGAGCUCGUGAGCCUUGUCUCGGAGUUCCUCGGCGCCGGCUCGGGGUCGGUCGUGGCCUGUUUGGAGUGGACGCUCGCGCACCUCGUGGACCAGCCCGACAUCAUGGACAAGCUGCGCCGCGAGAUCGAUGGUGAGACCAAUGCAGGCGGCGGUGUGCUCUCUACUAGGAGCCUCCGCAGCAUGCCUUACCUGAACGCCGUGGUACUCGAGAGCCUCCGCAUGCACCCGCCGGUGCCGUUCAUCUUACGAGGCGUCCAUGGCGAGGGCGCCGCCGCUGUUGGCGCGACCACCAUGCCGAUGCCGUCCGACGGCUUGAGGGUGCAAUUCGUUGCAGGUAAGAUUGGACGAGACAGUAAGAUGUGGACUGAUCCCGAUGAGUUUCGGCCGGAGCGGUUCUUGACCGGAGGCGAGGCGGAGGGCGUCGGCCCAAUGCCAGGGCCAAAGGAGAUCAGGAUGAUGCCGUUCGGCGCGGCGCACAGGCACUGUCCCGGCACGAGCCAGGCGAUGGUGCACAUCAAGUGCUUCCUGGCUGCACUCGUGCGUGAGUUCGACUGGGCGCCGUCGGCGGAGGAUUGCGUCGGCGGCGUUGACCUGACGGAGCUAGACGGGUUCUUCAAGGUGAUGAAGAAGCCGCUCUCUGUGCAUGUUACACGACGCACUUGUGCCGUGUAG